AUGGAAAUUGAUGUACGAUCCAAUAGCGCGACAUGGCGCUGGAGUCUUUUACUUUCCGUGUUAUUCCUAAACAUUUGUGUGCCAAGCCUAGUGCUGUCUUAUGGAGUGCUGUGGGUUCACCUAGUGAAUCUAGAAGUCCCAUUGUGGCUCGGUCUUUCUACGCCGACCAUCUUCCUCCUCACCUACGGUUUUACACAAUGCUGGUUCCGCGAGGCGGCAGACUCAUGGGGCGGAUCAGUCGGAUAUCGUGUAAUGGCUGCCAUUGGACUUACGGUGGUUGUGGUUAGCUUGGUCAUUUGUGCCUUUAUACCAUUAUAUUUACAUCCACUCAUUUAUGGUGUUUUAGGUGGUUUGGGAUCAUCUUUAAUAUCAGCCCAAGUGGACGCUGUCAUCUUCGAAACUUAUGACAGUCGUAUAGGUAUAAUUCGAGGAAUAUGUUGCACUGGUCAAGCAGUUGGACAAUCUUUAUUUCCUCAUAUUAUGUCAGCUCUAACAAGUUAUUAUGGAUACUCAUUUUCGUUUAUUGUUCUUGGUGGAAUAAUGCUUCAAGCGAUGCCAGCUGUCUUCUUACUUAAAAUCGAUGAAAAUAUUAGAAAAUCUUCUUCCUCCUCCAGGCACGCAGACUUGUACCAAAGUUUUACAGGAUUUCAUAAUGACGGUAUUGAUAACUAUUAUACUGCAGAAUUACAAUUACACGAUUUAAGUAAAAAGUGUUGGAAAAGUCCAUCAGACGAUAAUUUACAUCGAGAGGGUGUUGAGGUUGGGGGUAAGGCUGAACUAGUUGGAACAAUAACACCUCCACCUAGUCCUGAAGAAAGAAGAAGAAAUAUUUUCGGGGUAGAUAUUUUACCGGAUAUACCAGAGGAAAGCGAAGAGAGCGAAGAAGAUAUCGAACAAAGAAUUCCUGGCAAGGAAAUGCCAAAUAGUCAAAGACGUCUAAGUAUUGCAAUCAAAAGACUGAACACAUUAGGUGACAAUUUAGACGAUUACAUUGCAAAGCAAACUAAAAGAGAUUCUGAAGAUGAUUGCAGCGUUCAUGACGGUAAAGAAUAUUCUGAACUAGAAGUGACUUACGAUAACAUAUCACCGAUAACAGAUAUUCAUAGGGAAAAACUAUUGAAUUCGUUCAGUUUUCGAUGCCAGUCUACUAUUAUAAAUAUAAAAAGGCGAAUUUGGAUACCGUCGUAUAGAAUGUAUAGAGUUCGACGAAGACUAUUAUAUGUGAUAUAUAGUAUUAAUGACACUUUUACAAAACCGUUGACGAGGUCACUUUCAUGUUGGAGAUUUUAUCCGGCACUAUUACUUAGUUUUUCUAAACUUUGUUUGACCGCGGUGUCUCUGAUGUUAAUUCCAAUGAUAGCGCAGCAAGUGAGGCCAAAGAUUUCCAUGUUUGAGGCAAAUUUUUUAUUGUCGUUACACGGAUUUACAUGGAUAUGUUUUCUAUCGAGCAGUCCAUGGUUGGCACAAACACCUAAAAGAAAUUUCAAGUAUGUCACCGUAAUUGGAUUAAUAGUAACAACUACUGCAUGUUUCGUUUUUGCAGCAACCAAUAAUCAUGAUACGUUAACAAUUGGUUGUGUGAUAUCUGGGCUUGGGUAUGGCGCUAUUACUUCAUGUUGCGAUACUGCUAUUCAAGAUUUUCUAGGAGCAAGAAAAUGGCCGAAAGUUCACAGUACACUUGAAACGCUAUCUGCAUCAUUGUUAGCCCUUUUCGUAACAGAAAUGAGGCUAUGGCUUUAUUCAAGAGAAAAAAACAUGGAUAAUAUAUUAUUAUUUUUAACACCGCUGCUGUUAUGUCCUCCUUUGAUUGAAGCAAAGAAUAUCAAUUGCAAUAAUAAAUCAUUUCAUUGUGUGAAUUCAACCCAUUUCUUGAUAUGCGUAGACUUGGGAGGGGGAGUAUCUACGACAAUUGACAGUUUUGUUAUACAAUGCCCACCUACGACAUUUUGUCAUGAAACAAACCAUUUUGAAUGCGAAUAUCAAGCAUUGACCACCCAAAAGACCGAAUCUGACGUAACGAAAGUAUUCGCAGACACAAAUACAUUAACGGAUACUACGGAAACUAUUUCUUCAAAGUCAUACCAAGUAUACAUUAGCGGUGUAAAUAAUAGUGUUACAAAAUUAGUUCCCAAUGAACUGGACAGUGACGCAUUUAAAGUGCAAAGUGGAUUUUCCGAUAUAAACGAAAUUCAAACUACACAUGUAAAAAUAUCUGACGAUUUGGCGACUACUGAUGAUAUAAAGUUAAAAAACGUAUCCCUAGGAAAUCUUCAAAACUAUAGUGUUUCUGAUUUAUACAGUAUAGAAAUAAAAUUAGAACAAACUGAAAGUAUAUUUCCAAUCGCCCAGUAUAAUAUGACUAACGCUCAAGUUAACGAUUCUGAUGCUUCAAAUUUAUAUUCUAUGAAAAAAAAUAUAAACAAUCGUACGAAAGAGUUUUUAUUUAACGGAACGGCAAAUAUAAGCCACCUAAAAUUAAAUUCUGAUCCCAGUGCUGUUGGUGAUGUACAAAGUGACAAGAUAAUAGAUUUAUUUACGAAUUUGGAAAAUAUUAUUACUACACCAAGAGAUAACAUAGCUUUUGAAAAUAGAACAACAGCUAAUAAGCUAAAUUUAGAGCAUGACAUAAUAUCUGAUCCAAUAGUUACAAAAAUGGAUUUAGGUGAAUAUAUAGGGAAUACAAUUUUGUCUAACACAAGUAUGUUUACCACUGUGAAGAAUGGAGUCGUAAAAUUACCAGUUAACGACAGUGAUAGCAAUAAUGCUCGAAAAAACGAAUCAGCAUACGAAACUGCUACUGAUAACAAACUUGUAAACAACAUCCAAUUACGUACUUUGAAUUUCGACGUAUAUGCACAAUCUCAGAAUAAUACAUUUAGAAUUACUGAACCAUCAAUUGAUUUAAACAUUAAAUCUGAAGUCACCACCACGUCGGAUAUGUUAAGCGAUACUAUUAUUGCAGAAACAUUUUCCUCCGGAAUGUAUGUGUCAAAUAACAGUAGGAUAAAUAAUACUACUACACUAUCUGUUCCUGGGGGUGACUUUAUGACCAUGAAAAACCAAAUUCGUGAAAAUACACAAGUAACAAACCCAUACAAAAUAGAAAUGGAUUUGAGAGUAUUUAACAAAAGUGAAUUUACUACUCCAAUGAAUAUGAUUAACACUAAUGUUGAAAAAUUAGUUAAUAUAAAUACAAAGAAAAUAUUGAAACCCCAUCAUAUAAAAGAAUUAUUAUUCGAAGUAACGGAAAAUGUAAGAUAUGCAGACAUAAAUUAUAAAUUAAACAGUAUUGGUGAAUCCCAUGUAUUAUCCAAGACGCCGGAAAAUAUUUUUGCUACACAAUCAAAUAACACAACUAUUAAAUUAUCAGAUAAUGAACCUAUUUCAGAACUUUCAACAAUAUCUAACACAAUAAUUUCACCAAUCAAAACAAGUUUUUAUGAGACUUUUAAGAACGAUAUUGUAACAAAACCGGAAAAUUACAGCUUAAGUAAUGGCGAUCGGAUAAAUGUAUCAAUAUACGAAACCCCCUACUUACCUGUAGGGUUAAAAAACAAUGCAUUUGCUAGUACUGAACAAGCCAUUAACUUAUCUAACUUAUCUGAAGUCACAACUACUUCUGAUAUGCUAAGUAACACUGUUACUGUAGGAAUAGUUUUUCCAAGAGUGCAGGAAAUAGAUAAUAAUGGUGUAAAUAAUGAUCCAAUAACAUUUGUUACAAAGGAAAAAUCUAUGAAAACUGAAACUUACAAAGUGAAAGGUGGACUUAACGAUGUAAUUAAAACUAUGUAUAAUGGUAAUACUUCAAACCAUAUGAUUUAUACUAAUAACUUAAAGAACAAAAAUAUUCUACAAGAAAAUCAUAAAAACGUCAUAACUUCCUCAAAACCAGACCCUUCUUUUUUACAAACCUCAAAAAAAUCAACUUUAGAUAACAGAAGGCAAGAUUCAUUCAUGAACGUUAGAGACAAUCAAGAAACAGAAAGUGACUUUUUGACAAAUACCUUCACAAUUAUAGAUAAAAAAGUCCCAAGUAUGUCAAUAACUGUAAAACCAUUUGAAAUUACGAAUUUGUCAAAACCGUUAGUAGUAAAUAAUUCUGCAUUAUCAAGUCAAGUUACACUAAGUUUAUUUGUUAAUAAAUUAUCAAAAAUGCCGGAUAAUGACAAAAAUAAAAGAAAUAUAACAUUACUAAGCGUCGGUGAAUAUAAUUCGACCCAAUUAGAUGAAUCUGUAACAAGCGUUAAGAAACAAGAUACAGAAAAUAAUAUUUUAAGACGACAGCAAAUUUUUCAAACAACUUAUUUUUCAGAAGUAACUACCUCCCUGCCUAACACUGAAAAAAGUUUUUUCAUAAAAUACACAGAAGUUACUCCAGCCGUAAGUAUUGACGCGUUAACUGGCGUGAAUAGUCAGUUAAAAUCAAAAAAACUUUCCACGUUAUCACAAUAUGAUGAUGUCCUUGUAGAUAGCAAUAAAACAACCAACACACUAUCAAACAAAACAUUGAAACAAUACUGUUUCAACGAUACAAUAUCAAAUAUGAGUUUGGAAAAUAAACUAACAGCAACUGAAGCAAAUUAUAAAUCUACUAAAGACGGCGUUGGUACUACCAAUAAACUUUUGACCACCGUUUAUAAAAGAAAUAACUUACAUGAUGAAUAUAACACAACUGAGCUAGUACCAAAAGCUUUAAAUGUGAAAAAGAAGGAAAGUUUUCAGAUCCAAGCAACUGUAGAAGAUAUUAUGUUUGUAAUAAAACUUCUAAAUCAAUUCUACGUCGUAAAAGAAAAAGCUGUGAUUCAGACGAGAAAGAUGCCAUUUAAAUUCAAAAAUAAGGGUCUGCGACGGGAAAUUCCUAAAGAUGUGAUAUUACGAGCCAUAGAAGAGAUAUCAAAAGGAUCAAAAAUAAAAACAACGGCUGAUAAAUAUAAAAUUCCUAGAUCAAGUAUGCAACGGUACCUUAAACAAGAUUCUAUAAAGGAUUCUUCGCAUAGAUUUAUAACCUCACAAAUUUUCACCGACGAAGAAGAACAAAAAUUAUCAAAUUACAUAAUAGUUUGUUCUAAAUAUCAUUAUGGAUUGACAAAGAUACAAGCACACACACCUGAAAAAAGACUAAUAGAAUUAGCGGAACAAGAAAAACAAAGCAAGAACAAGGCUAAGACAGAGAGGCAGGAAAAAAAGGUUCUCAAAAACACAGGGAAAAAACAGAUUCCUAAACUUCCAUCGAAUAGAGUAAAGAAGAGGCAAAUGAGCAGUAGUGAUAGCGAAAUAGAAAAUGUUCCUUUGCUUAAGACACGUCCGAAGAAGAGUUAG